AUGGGAAAACGCAAGAAGUCGAGCCGUCAGCCGCAAGGCCCGCGGAAGCGGGAACCUCUUGCCACAUCAUUUGCGUGUCUGUUUUGCAACCACGAGAACUCCGUCAUUGUCAAAUUGGAUAAGAAACUGGGUCUUGGUGACUUGUCUUGCAAAGUCUGCGGCCAAAAGUUCCAAACAGGCAUCAACUACCUUUCUGCCGCUGUCGAUGUCUACUCAGACUGGGUAGAUGCCUGUGAUGCCGUCGCCAAGGAUACAGCGCACCAAUACGAUGGCCCUGUGGGCUCUCAACCUCCUUCGAACAAGCCGGGCCUCAACGCAGCCGCCACGAAUGAAGAUGGAUAUGAAGACGAGGAUUUUUAA